AUGAAUGAGAAGAACGGCAUUCUGAUCAGUGGAGAUUUCGAUAACUUGAAGGAAUACAUCCCAGGUAGAUCAACAGCUGCAAUAAAAAAGAAAUACCUCGAAAUCAAAGGAACCCAGAGCAUUCCCGACGUAUUUCAGAGAGAACCCCAAACAACAUCGAAAGGGGCAAAAUGGACAGAGGAAGAGGAAACAAGGUUAGUGCAGAAAUAUAGUAUGAGAACAGAAAAUCAAUCUGGGGCAAGAAUAAAGGCAAUAUUAAGCUUGUUCCCAAAUAGAACAGAAAAAGCAAUAGCAACAAAGCUUAGAGAAAAAUAUACCGACAUCUAUUAUAUGAGAGUGAGUGCGUCGGAAAGUGAGAGUUUCAGACGAACAGAACCACAGCCGCCGGCUGAUCCGCCCCCGCCGGCUGAUCCGCCCCCGCUUUUGCAAGUGACACAACAACCCGUGGCAGUGACUUCUACGAUACCUGCAGCGGCUCCGCCACAAAUAAGAACAAGACAACGGAAAGAGACUCCACCAGAACCAUUUGCAAAAACAAUACAAAUAUCGGACAAAAAUUUGGUGGAUGAGCAUUUGCAGACCCGCAUAGAAACAGGGACCGGACCUGACAACAACAAGAGAAACGUGAAAAAAAGAGAGGAGAGGCCCGAAGGACCGCCAUACGAUGAGCUUACGCAGGACGUGUUGAGGAAAUAUGAAAACAUACUGAAGUCGACCGGAAGGAAUAAACAAAAAAUCGCCCAAUUCUACAUACGUCCACAGGACGGGAGGAUGCUGGAGGCGACGGAUAGGAUAUUGGAGGGAAAGAUCAGUGAAAUAAAACGAACAGAAGGGACAGAACAUUUCAAACGAACAGCUAUCAAAAAGGCAAUCUAUGCGGCUGGCAGGCUACUGAGCAGGGAAAUAGGAAAAAGAGAAAUAACGGGAAAAAUACCAUUAUAUAAGAUCACCGACAAAAAAAUCAAGAAGUUUAUGAAACACUUAGAAAACGCUAAGAAAAUACAGAAAACUCGAGGAAAACUUAACCGCCCACUAUUAAGAGAGAUGGAAAUAAUUAAAAAGUUGAAGAUGUCCGUGAAACAAUACAUAUCCUCCACCGAGGAGAGACUAAAACUUCUAAAGGAACAACUGAAACAACAGAAAAAUAGGCAUGAGAAACAAAAAUUGAGGUCAAGAUUUUGGAAGACACCAUCUAUGAAAAUACUAGGAAAACCAACAGGUGACGUGAGGAUACCGAAUGUAACGAAAAUAGAAACAUACUACACGAAUAUUUACAAGAAAGAGUCUUGCGAACAACCAACACCAAUUUUCAAUGGGUGGCUCUCGAAGCUGAAGAAAUAUUCUAACACCAUAGAUACGUCGGACCAAACAGACACGGGAGAACUGAAGAAGAAAAUAACAAACAUUCUCAAACGCACAGCACCGUGGAAGGCCCCUGGGGAGGAUGGAAUUCCAGCGUAUUUGUAUAAAAUUCUCAUGUCUGCCCAAGAAUACUUAGUAGAAAGCACUAUAGCCUAUUUACAGGGAAGAAAAGACCUAACCCAAGUAGACACCAGAGCGACAAUCACGUUGAUAUACAAGAAAGGCGAUGAAGAAGACCCAGCAAAUUAUAGGCCCAUUGCGGUAUUAAACGCAGAUUACAAAAUACUGACUGCAGUAAUGACAAAAAUUAUCAAACAAAGAUUGCCGGAAUGGGCGAUUCCGCCAGAGCAGUUAGCGAGAGAAAAUAUAUGGGGCACUGUACAUGGAUUCCUGCUGGACAAAAGUUUUACCCAGGUAGCAAGGAUGCGAAGGACGAAACAUUACUCAGCGUGGUAUGAUUUGAGCAAAGCCUACGAUUCGAUCCACCACAGAGAUCUGAAAAGACUAAUAGAUUGUUUGCCAAUAAAUCCGGCCAUUAGAAGACUGUUCAAAAAUGCCAUGAAAAAAUGGACAAUCAGGAUAAAAGCUGGGAAGAAUAUAACAAAAGAAAUUCCCGUCCAGAGGGGGCUGUUCCAGGGGGACCCAGCGUCUCCAUUACUUUUUAUACUGGCUACGGGAGGCCUGCUAAGCCACGUCAGAAGUGACAAAAAAAUAAACAGAUCUUCGAGAGGAAAACACCAACUAAUUGCCUUUAUGGAUGACUUCAAGUGCCAUACCCCCAACAAAAAAUCUCUGGAAUUGAUAACCAAGGAGCUGGAAGAGGGAGCAUCAGAAAUAGGCUUGAGAUUAAAUAAGGCAAAGUGUGGAUAUUACACGAGAGAGAUGGAAAGCCAGGAUGACAACGAUUCAUCUCCCUUCCUACCGGAGAUAAGAGAAGGAUAUAAGUACUUAGGCCUACAUCAGUUGGAGAGGGACACUAUCGACAACUACGACGACAUCCAAAUAAAAAUCGAAGAGAAAGUACGCGAGAUUGCCGAGUCAGACCUAACAACAAUGCAAAAAAUUACACUUAUUAACACCUCAGUCAACCCAGCAGCCACCUACGUCCUGGGUAACAUAUUUACGGAUGAAAAAAGAGCAACUACCCUAAAAAAGAGUCGAGAUAUUGAUGCGAAAAUAAGGAAAAUAUUGGUCGAACAAAACAUCAAAGGCAAAACACAGUCAAACGCUCGACUAUACUUGUCCACCCAAAAAGGCGGUCUAGGCUUACGACCAUUAGAACUGGAAGUCGAGCUGCAGUUCGUAAGAAAAGGGGUGUACCUGCAGAAACAUGAGGAAAUGAAGGAGGCUCUCAUAGCAUACCAGGCCCUGAAAAACGCAGGCUGGAGGAACCCAAUCUCGGAUUUCGAAUACAUCCUAGAGAAAUAUGAAAUCGAGGUAGACCUCUCCGAAGAAAGCGAUACACCAAAACUCACUAAAGACCUCAUCAAAAGAAUUGAAGAGAGACAUCAAGCAGAGAUAGAGAAGGAGUGGUCUUCGAAUCUAUCGUAUGCCAAAAACGUUUUGAAGGAACCCAACAUCCGAUUCCCGGCCAAUUCCUCCCCCAAUAUGGACAGCUGGCGCCUGGGUGUACUCCUCUCAGCCUCGGAGGAACAGAUCCACGGACUUGGUGCUAACCCUAACAACCGUAGAAAAUGUCAGUUAGGCUGCGGGCUGGAUGAGAAUUCUUACCACGUAGCCUGUGCCUGCCCCAGUCGUGCAGCAACAACAAGGCAUGACUUCAUUGUUCACUGGGUGCUAAAGAUCCUCCUACAAGGUUUAGGAGCCCCCGACGAAUUGAGGAGGGAGCUGCAGUUCGGGAAGGCCUCUUUAAACUGCGACAUCGGAAAGAUCAAAAUACAGGCCGGAAAUAAGAUCUUAACUGGCAAAAAGAUCUACCACAAUAAACCGGAUAUAAUGGUCAGAACAACAGACCCAGAUAAAAUAUAUUUGAUUGAGGUGGCAGUUUCCCACAUCCAGAAUCUAAGACAACAAGAAGAACUCAAGAGAACCCGGUAUGCUGUUAACUCCACCAAAAAAUUAGAUUUUUCUAAUUAUAGGGAGGCACAGCGUGACUUGAACCUAGUCACAGAGCUGGAGAAUUUAUAUAAAUGCCCAGUGAAGCUUGGGGUGUACGUGGUCGGCUGCUUUGGUGAACUGGUGCUCACUCAGGAGCACAAAAACUUCUGCUCCAUUCUCGAAGAGAUAGGUUUGGGAAAGGAAGAAAUAAAGAAGGUCCACAACAAAUGCAGCUACUCUGUCGCGGUAUCCACCACCAACAUGAUACUACGGAGAAUAAAGGAUGGUAUGGGUGGAAUGGGUCAGGACACCAACAUUAUCUGA